AUGGCUCAGAGACUCGAUGUGCACAGAGACGAGGAACAUGUCCGUCGUGCACCUGCUGCGGGUGUUGGUGCAUGAGCGGAUCACUGCUGCCGCUGAACACUUUCUGCUGCAGGGGGAGAUAGGAGGAGGAAAGGCUCGAGUCCCGGCGCUGAGAGCGAUGCUCACCGAGCGGCUCACGGCAGCGGAGGAGGAGAUCCUCACGGUGCUUGAGGAAACCGUGGCAGAGUACGAGGACCGAGUGGAGCGGUCCGAGCAGGAGAUCUGCCGCCAGAGGAGGCUGCUUGAUGCCGUGAUGAAGCCCGUAGUCCAGCUGCACAGAGCAGUGUGUCCCGCAGACGUCCAGCAACUGAUGGUGAUUAAAGAAGAGGUUCCCCCUGAGCAGCAGCAGUGGAGCCCCCUUGUGGACCAGGAGGAUCCAGAUCCCCCCUACAUUAAAGAGGAGCAGGAGCAACCCUGGACCACUCAGGAUGGACAGCAGCUUCAAGGACUAGAGGAGGCUGAUAUCAAGUUCACAUUGACUCCUGUCGAUGUGCGGAGGGAAGUAGAUGAAGAGAAACUUAACCCGUCAAAGCUUCACCCGAGUGAGACGAAGGAGUCCAGAGCGGACUGUGGAGGACCAGAACCAGCCAGGAACUCAGUUCCUGAUGGACGAUUACAACAAGGUACUGAGGACAAGACUGAAGAUUCUUCUGAGACUGAAGACAGUGAGGAUGAUUGGAUGGAGACCAGGGAACCACAGACUGGUUUAAAUACAAGAAAUAACGAACAGUCUCUAAGUUAUAUGGCAUGUAAUACAGAAGAAAAAUCGUUUAGUUGCUCUGAGUGUGGUAAAAGAUUUAACUCAAAGGGCAGUCUAAAUAGACAUAUGAGGAUUCAUAAAGGAGAUAAACUGUUUAGUUGCUCUGAGUGUGGUAAAAGAUUUAACCAUAAGUGCAGUCUAGAUAAACAUAUGAUGAGUCAUACAGGAGAGAAACAGUUUAGUUGCUCUGAGUGUGGUAAAAGAUUUAUUAAUAGGGGGAAUCUAAAUUCACAUAUGAGGAUUCAUACAGGAGAGAACCCGUUUAGUUGCUCUGAGUGUGGUAAAAGAUUUAGUGAUAGGGGGAAUCUAAAUUCACAUAUGAGGAUUCAUACAGGAGAGAAACCGUUUAGUUGAUCUGAGUGUGUCAAAAGAUUUACCCAUAAGUGCAGUCUAGAAUCACAUGUGAGGAUUCAUAAAGGAGAGAAACCGUUUAGUUGCUCUGAGUGUGGUUACAGAUUUACCCAAAAGGGCAAUCUAGAUAAACAUAUGAGGAUUCAUAGAGGAGAGAAACAGUUUUUGUGCUCUGAGUGUGGUAAAAUAUUUAGCAGUAGGGCGAAUCUAAAUUCACAUAUGAGGAUUCAUACAGGAGAGAACCCGUUUAGUUGCUCUGAGUGUGGUAAAAGAUUUAACCAUAAGUGCAGUCUAGAUAAACAUAUGAUGAGUCAUUCAGGAGAGAAACCGUUUAGUUGAUCUGGGUCUGGUAAAGGUUUAAGAUUCAUUCCUAUUGUACAAGACGUGAUGAUUCAUAAAGGAGGGAAGUGAUUCAGUUGCAACCAUUGCAACAAAAGAUUUAUUAGGAUUCAUCAGCAUCAUUAUCUGCUGAUUAUUAACAGUUUUGAUGUCCCUAGAAAAUAUAACUCAUUGAAUAACACGAAGAUUUUUGUUAAUAUAUCUUAUUUCUACUGAUUUCCACAUAUUCCAUCUAUUUUUCAUAAUGUCCUUCAUGUCAUUUUAAGGUUAAAGUGUGUUCCUUGCAAAGUAUGAAUGUGUAUUCUUAACUAGUUCAUAUGAUUACAAUUUUUGUUUUUAAACAAGGGUUAUUGGUUUGCGAGAUUCAAUGACAGAUUGUGUUCUCCUUUAUGUAUUGAAUGUGUUUCCAAGAAUAA